UUUCCAUCUGAGAAGAGUUGGAGUUCCUCUACAACCCCUCUCAGGCAGCAGGAUGGAGAAGUCCAGGAAGAUCUUUGCCAGUGUCCUGCUGCUGGUGCUGUCCGUGGGGAUUUGCUUGGCUCAGCACUGGUCCUUUGGGCUGCAGCCAGGAGGGAAGAGGAGCACUGAGAACCUGGUGGGGUCGUUCCAAGAGAUGGCAAAGGAAAUGGAGAAAUUAGGGGAGGUGCAGCACUCUGAGUGCCCUGGAUCAUCCCAGCAUUCCAGGCUCAGGGAUCUGGAGGAAGCCAUGGAAAACCUGAUGGAAGGGGAAGGAAGAAGAAAGAUUUAAACCCCAAAUGGAUUAAAAGAGCCCAAAUAAGGUCUCAGAGCUGUGGCAAAAUCGGCUCCUCUUCACGUGGUCUUUGUUUUUUGGGUCAUGAUGGGAAUAAACUGCUCUGAAGUUGCAUUUAAA